AUGGAGAUCAAGCUUAGGAUGACGGUACCACCACCAAUGCGUAAUUACAUUGGAUCAUUGUGCUUAUUGCAUCUUAUGUCGUUGACUCAUUCACACCAAGUCAUUACCAAACAUUAUCCAAAAAUCUGUCUGUUCUUACUAAUGUUGUUGAUAAGAGUAGCUUUCCAACAAUACUACUGUGGUGUUGACAAUGUAGAGGAGCAUGACCAUGACAGGUAUACUCGGUAUAGGAGUCAAAAUUGUCCAUUCCCAAGGACCUCGAUAAUUCGAAAUUCCAUCUUUGAGGUUAAGAGAGAGCCCAACUUUACCAAUGAACUUAGACUUUAUCAUGCAGCAGAGAGUGAAAUAGUGGGCAUCAACACACGACUGUCACGUUACAAAGGUAAAGUAGCACUCCAUACAUGUGUCCUCACAGGUUUUGGGGUGCGUAACGGAGUCCUAUUCUUCGAGAUCCUCAACAUCUGGGGAAAUGAUUAG